AUGGCACGUAUUCGCAUCAAUACGUUAACGUCGGCAUUGGCGAUAUGGCUACUAGCCUGCAUCCUCUCUGUCUCUGCCACUGACAAAAACGCCAAGGAUGCGCAACUCGAGUCAUUCACUCGGGAUGAUGAGGGGAAACCAUUGACCACCGACUUUGGGGUUAAAAUAAAUGAUACAGAUAAUACGCUCAAGGCUGGCAUUCGAGGUCCUAGCUUGUUAGAGGAUUUCCAUUUCAGGGAAAAGAUUACCAGGUUUGAUCACGAGAGGAUACCCGAGCGAGUUGUACAUGCUCGCGGUCAUGGAGCCCACGGAUUUUUUGAAAGCUACUACGAUCUUUCCUCUAUCACUCGCGCAAAGUUCCUUUCCGCUGCAGGGAAGAAGACGCCGGUCUUUGUUCGUUUCUCUACUGUCUUGGGUAGCCGAGGAUCCGCGGACACGGUGCGCGAUGUGCGUGGGUUUGCAACAAAAUUCUAUACUGAGGAGGGAGUAUUUGACAUUGUCGGAAACGAUAUCCCAGUUUUCUUUGUGCAAGAUGCUAUCAAGUUCCUUGACUUGAUCCACGCAGCCAAGCCCGAACAAGACAAUGAAAUCCCUCAAGCAGCAACUGCACAUGACAACUUUUACGACUUUGUUACCCUCACACCAGAGACUCUUCAUACGGUGCUCUGGGCUCUAAGCCCUCGAGGUAUUGUAAGGAGCAACCGCGAAAUGCAAGGAUUCGGAGUCCACACGUUCCGUUUUGUCAACAAAGAGGGCAUGUCUCGGUUUGUAAAGUUCCACUGGCGUCCCGUAAAUGGAGUAACGGCACUCGUUUGGGACGAGGCGCAAAAGCUUGCUGGCAAGAACCCUGACUGGUUGCGUCAAGAUGUAUGGGAGGCCAUCGAGCGGGGAGACUUUCCAGAAUACGAAUUUGGAAUCCAGGUUGUCGAAGAGGAGGACGAGUUUAAGUUCGACUUUGAUCUGCUCGAUCCUACCAAGAUCAUCCCCGAAAGCGAGGUGGAAGUCAAGUGGAUCGGAAAGAUGACGCUCAACAGAAACCCCGACAAUUUCUUUUCCGAGACCGAGCAAGUCGCCUUUUGCACGUCUCACAUUGUUCCUGGCAUUGAUUUUACCAAUGAUCCGUUAUUGCAAGGACGGACAUUCUCCUACUUUGACACACAACUUAACCGCUUCCAGUCCCCGAACUGGGAAUAUCUUCCCAUCAAUCGCCCCAUCAACCCUGUACAUAACAAUCAGCGCGACGGUUUCAUGCAAUUCAACAUCUUUAAGGGUCCCGCCGCUUACUACCCCCACACUCGAUACGGUUCUGCGGACCCUGUUCCUCCAUCAGAAGGGUCCUUUGUCAGUUACCAUGAGAAGAUUGAUGGCUACAAGAUUCGUGCACGAUCACCGACAUUUUUUGACUAUGUUAGUCAGUCUCAACUGUUCUACAACUCGCUUGCUCCCUGGGAGCGCAAGCAGUUGAUUGAGGGUUCAGUAUUUGAGAUCACCAAAGUCAAGAGCAAGGAUAUCCGUCAGCGAUGGGUGGACUUGAUUAACCAGGUCGACCACGAAUUCGCCACCAUUGUCGCAAAAAAUGCGGCUGUGGACGUCCCAUCCAAGACAUACCCCAAUAAUGGCAAGAAAUCCAAAGGAAUCAGUAUCGAUGACUACCCUCUCAAGAGCAUUCGAUCUAAAAAAGUGGCCAUUUUGGCAUGCAAGGACGUGGCUGCUGACCAACUGAAGAGUGUUAAAGGUUUCUUGGAAGGCCAAGGAGCCGUGGUUGAUGUCGUGUCUUUUAAAUUGGGCAAGAUCGAGGGAACGGACAUUGAAGCUACUCAGACGUUUGCCACAGCCGAUUCAGUCUUUUACGACGCAACCUUCGUCCCUGGGGGAAAAUCUGCUGAUUACCUCCGUCAAAACUUUUGGGACUUUGAGGAUACUUGGGCCUUUGUCCGAGACACGUAUCGCCACGCCAAGCCUCUCGCUGCUCUCGGCGAAUCCGUGUCAUUCGUUGAAAAUGCCAUUAAACCCGCAAAGCUUGAAGGCAAACAAGCGGCAGGUGUCCUCACUGGUGGCAAUGAUGUUAACAAGGACGGCUUUGCUCACGGAAUCGAACAAGCUAUUCUAAAGAAACGCUUCUUUGAGCGAUUUGAUUGAGUUGUUAGCAUGGAAUACUUGUUGCUUGUUGUAUAAUGGUCUUGGAUUAGUGGAUGUAAAAUAGCGAUGGAAUACACGCCCGUUACAAACAUG